AUGUCGCAUAGAAAAUUUUCGGCACCUCGCCAUGGGUCGAUGGGAUUCUAUCCCAAAAAGAGAUCCCGGCGUCAUCGUGGUAAGGUUAAGGCCUUCCCUAAAGAUGAUCCCAGCAAGCCUGUUCACCUUACGGCGUUUAUUGGAUAUAAGGCUGGUAUGACCCACGUGGUUCGUGAGCCUGAUCGUCCUGGAUCAAAGAUUAAUAAGAAGGAGAUUGUAGAGGCUGUGACCAUCAUUGAGACUCCUCCAAUGGUAUGUGUUGGAGUUGUUGGCUACAUAGAAACACCACAUGGCCUUCGUGCAUUGUUAACUGUAUGGGCUGAGCAUAUGUCUGAAGACUGUAGACGUCGUUUCUACAAGAACUGGUACAAAUGCAAGAAGAAGGCCUUCACUAAGGCUAGCAAAAAGUGGCAAGAUGAGCUUGGGCGAAAAUCUAUUGAGAAAGAUUUCAAGAAAAUGAUCCGCUACUGUAGUGUUGUUAGGGUUAUUGCUCAUACUCAAAUGAAGCUACUGAAGCAACGCCAGAAGAAGGCACACAUUAUGGAGAUUCAAGUUAAUGGUGGAACUAUUGAAGACAAAGUAAAAUGGGCUAGGGAACAUCUGGAGAAGCCCAUUCCCAUUGAUUCAGUAUUUGCCCAAGAUGAGAUGAUUGACUGCAUUGGUGUAACAAAAGGAAAAGGCUACAAAGGUGUUACUUCUCGUUGGCACACAAAGAAACUUCCACGUAAGACCCACAAAGGCCUACGUAAAGUGGCUUGCAUUGGAGCAUGGCAUCCUUCACGAGUUUCGUUCACUGUAGCUAGAGCUGGUCAAAAAGGCUAUCAUCACCGAACUGAGAUGAACAAGAAGAUUUACCGUAUUGGACAAGGAAUACACACCAAGGAUGGGAAGGUCAUUAAGAAUAAUGCUUCUACUGAAUAUGACUUGUCUGAAAAAUCUAUCACCCCCAUGGGAGGUUUCCCCCACUAUGGAGAAGUCAACAAUGACUUUGUAAUGAUCAAAGGUUGCUGUAUGGGUCCCAAAAAACGAGUAAUAACAUUGAGAAAAUCUCUGCGUGUUCAUACUAAGAGAGCUGCCCUUGAGAAAAUAAAUCUCAAGUUCAUUGACACAUCAUCUAAGUUUGGUCACGGUCGCUUCCAAACCCCUGCUGAUAAGGCUGCUUUCAUGGGCACUCUUAAGAAAGACCGCAUUCGGGAAGAAGCUGCUGCUACUACCACUCCAGCUGCGCCGCAAGCC